AUGGGGAGCGCGGAAUCUCAGGACAGUUGGAAAGUGGGCGUGCAUGAGGGCGGAAGUGCUGGGUUGACAGACAUUGUAGUAAGGGCGGAAGUGGGAGACUCAGCGGAAGUGGCGUCAGUAAGGGCGGGUAGCGUGGCCGGUGGGAACGGGGCUCUCUUCCCGCAAGGCUGCUGCCCUGUCCGGGCUGCAGUGAUGGAGCUCAGCGCUGAGUUGCUCCGGGAGAAGCUGCAGAGAGACCUGGAGGCGGAGCACGUGGAAGUGGAAGACACCACUCCCAACCGCUGCGCGGCCAGUUUCCGAGUCUUAGUGGUGUCGGCCAAGUUCUCCGGGAAGCCGCUGCUCCAGAGACACCGGCUGGUGAACGAAUGCCUGUCGGAAGAGCUCCAGCACAUUCAUGCCUUUGAGCAGAAAACCCUGACCCCUGAGCAGUGGGUCCGAGAGCAACAGAAGUAAAGGACCAGGACCUGUGCAGCCAUUAAAUUAUGAGUCAGACCGA